AUGAGCGAUCACGUUUCAGUCACUGUGUACCGCAACUGCUCAGUUUAUGAUCAUCAGCACCAGGGAGGAAUUCGUGUUGAAACUUAUCAAUCAUACGAAUGUCGAUGUUAUUUCGAUUAUAUUGGAGAGAAUUGUCAAGAACGUUUGAAACAAGAUAGGGCAUUAUGGUCUUCUCUAAUACCGGUACAUACAAAAGUUUUGUUCGAUAUGCUGCAAAAAGCCUAUCAUUCUAACAAACCUCAAAGAAAAUCAUCGAAUGAAAUUAACUUUGGCAGUGUAUUAUCAACAGAACAUAUUCAAAUGACAACGACUAAUCCAUUGAUAAGAAAUGAAAACACACGCGAUUCUAGAUCAAGAUCAGAAUCGAAUGAUCUUUCAACAUCAACAACAAUGUUUUUAAAUGAUCUUCUAAUAUUUAAAAAAUAUUUGACAGAGGAGAAGAAGAAAGCACAUUUAUUCAAAUAG